CCCAGAAAGCAGCCGUCAUCCAGUAGCAGUGGUAUGCCGGCCAGCACUCACCCCCCCCCGGUCACCGGAUCGGCGGCAGCUGCUCGGUCCCGGAGCUAUUUUCACCCCCCCUGGACAGAGUGCUGCAGAGCAGCCCCAGUCAGACCCGGGGGCGGAGAGCAGCAUGAAGUCCGCAGGCACCGACGGCUUCUUCCCCUCUGAUCCGGACGACCUGGACCUGGACAGCGGCGGCGGCAGCGACAGCUCCUACGGGAAGUCCACCGGCGACGGCAGCCCGCCGCGCGGAGAACCAGAGGCGGGGGGGGGAGGAGGCGGCGGUGGUUCCCGCGCAGCAGCGCCCCGGCGGAGGAAACGGCGGAGACGCAGCAGCGACGGAGACGCGGGAACCGCAGGCGUGAGCAAACAGAGGCAGGCGGCGAACGCGCGGGAGAGAGACCGGACGCACAGUGUGAACACGGCGUUCACGGCGCUGCGCACGCUCAUCCCCACCGAGCCCGCGGACCGGAAGCUCUCCAAGAUCGAGACGCUGCGCCUGGCCUCCAGCUACAUCUCGCACCUGGCCAACGUGCUGCUGCUGGGGGAGGCGUGCCGGGACGGACAGCCCUGCCUCGGAUACCAGAGCGAGCGGCGACCCGGCGCCCCGGCGCACGCGCUGCGGCCCAUCUGCACCUUCUGCCUCAGCAACCAGAGGAAACUGCUCCGAGACGGAGGGAAACACUCGGCCGCUGUGUGAAGCAGCCAGGAAGUCCACCUUCACCUUGUUUACAUGUACACCUGUAGGACUUUGUACAUAUAGAAAUGUAUAUUUAUUUUUGGAUUAGACUAGAACAACAAAUUAACACUGGAAAGCACUUUGUGUCCGCACCGCUGUGCUUCUGAACCGCUGUGUUUUGGUUGAGUUGUAACCAGAGCCCAUGUGUAAAGUUGCACCUGACGGGGGGCUAUUUCGGUCCCCUCCCCCCAUGCCCAACGCCAAAAAAAAAAAGCCUUGUCACCCUCACAUGCUGUCAGUUGAUUUUAAGGCUAACUGCAGGUUUAUUUUGAAGAUGAAAAAGGUUUAGAUAUUUGCAGUGUGUUGAAAUGUUUACUUUUGCAUCGUUGCACAAUCUAUCACUUUAAAAAACAAAAUGCAAAAGAUGUUGAAGUUUUUGUGUGCACGCGGCAUGCAAAGAGCAUUAGGUUCUGGAGAAUAUAUAAAUGUAAUCCUUUUACUGUACAACAUGUGUGUCAAACUCAGAAGACCCCCCGGGACAAACACUCUGAUCCGGCCUCUAUAUCAAUUCAAGUUCACAAUACAUUUUGACCGCUUAAGUUUUUGACGCUUAUUUCGGUAUUUGUUGCUUUUGCCAAAUCCGGUCCCUCACCAAUUUAAACAACAUAAAAAACAUUUAAAAAAAGAAGUCGAAAGCUCUAUAAAAAACAGCAGAAAAUCGCAAUAAAAAAAGGUCAAAAGAAACCUAAUUAUUUUUUUAAGUAAGAAAAAAAACUUCUCAAAAACCUUAUAAAAGAGGUUUUGAAAGUUUGAUCCUAUAUCAAUCUAUAUUAAUCUAAGUUCACAAUGCAUUCUGGCCUGUCUAGGUUUUGUCACUUUUUACAGUUUUUCAUCACUAUCCUUUGCUUUUUGGCAUUUUCUUCAAUAUUCUUGUAGACCAACUGUAAGGUACAAGAUUAUAUGAGACAUAGGCCUACUAAUAAUACAGUCUAAAGAUAUUUGAUAUUUUUUAUUAUUAUAAUUUUUUGGGCAUUUUUAGGCCUUUUAUUUUGAGAGGACAGCUGAAGACAUGAAAGAGGAGAGAGGGGGGGGGUGACAACCGGGGCCCGCUGCAUCGAGGAGGAAACCUCUAUAUAUGGGCGCGCGCUCUACCAACUGAGCUAUCCGGGAGUGCGUCAGUUUACUUUUUCAUGAGCAAUAAACUCUACAUGUCUGGCCCUCGACGUGAUUCUCACUUUCCAGUUUGGCCCUUGGGGAAACGGAGUUGGACACACUCCUGUUUUACAAUCAACCGGAUAGGGUUGGGUAUCAAAACCUGGAGCUCAAACGGCACCGGUGCGUAAAACCAACGGUAUCUACCGGGCAGAAUAUCGCUGCCAAACAUCUCUUCCUGGGUUAAACAGUUAAAAUGCUGACAGCUAAACGGUGUAAAAGUGUGACUGGAUCUGGCUUUAGAGGAUUCCAGCAGCGGGACAUACAACCGUCUGCAGAUGCCGCUGUCGGACAAACAGCACAAACAGUCAAUGGUGCGUUCACUUGAAAAAGUUAUGCAGGGAUUGUUUUUUACCGGAGACUUUACAACAUACACAACUAGGCUAUGUCAGCGUGAUUUAGACAUUUUUCAAUAUAACCAUCAAAUAUGUUGGAAAAAGUGCUGAAAAAUGGUUUAAAAAACAUUGAAAAAACAUGUCAACAAAAAAGGGUAAAAAAACAUUACAAAUCCCAAAAUAGCGGCAACAUUGAAAAAAAGCGUCCCAAGCUAAGUUAUCAUACAGCACUCUUUUGCCAUCUAGUUGUUUUUGUUGUUUAACAGCAAUUUACUGGUGACAUAAGUCAUUAGCUAUUAUAAUAAGUUAUUUACAUUUUUUUUAAUAAAUCAUUCAUUAAGGGCUUAGCAAUAAACAAGCCAUUCUUUAACGUUCAGGCAGCGUUCAGAAAGUAUUGUUUUAGCACCGGUGUGGGAGAUACCCAACCGUUGAACUGGAUCCCUUGGAUAUUUCUUCUCCAGCACAUGUGGAUAAAAGGUUGCACACUACCUCAGACCCAUGUUGAGAACAUGAAGGCCUACCUCUGCAUCUAAUGUGUAACAUGUACUUGAAUACCUGACAAUACUGUCCUUUUUUGCACAAAUGGCAAAUUCUGAGAAGCUGCUUGAAGAUAAAUGUAUUUUUGUAACAAAACAAAUAAAAAAUGAGAAUAAUCAUGAUGUAUGAUGUAUUUCUACCAAGAAUUGUGUCUGAGACAUUUCUGAGCUUCUCCCAAAAAUAAAAUA